AUGCCUCUCCUUGAGAUCCCAAGAUCAAAUCGGAUUGUUGAUGUUCAGAUAAUCGAUACCACUUUUCGCAUCAAAGAUGGCCCGCUUUCCGUUUUUAUGGAGCCGGUUAUUGAAGGCCAACAAAAGCUAAAUGUUGGGGCGUUCGGGUACCUUAUUACUCAUAGAAGCCCCUCGUCUGGGUUUGGAGAGGAGAGUGUCCAAAGAGUGCUAUUUGACCUCGGACCGCCAAAAGAUUGGAAGUCGGAUUUACCGGAACCCCUUGUAAAAAGGAUUAGCACUUGGGAAAAUGACGGGGCUACCAUUACCGUUGAAAAAAAUAUAUCCGAGGUACUAGAAAUUGGCGGAGUCGACCUGAAUACUAUUGAUGGUUUAAUGUGGAGCCAUGCGCACUGGGAUCACAUGGGCCGUCCCUCCCUCUUUCCGCCAUCUACAAAUCUCAUCGUCGGACCAUCCAUUCGCUCCAAAUUCGCUCCAGGCUAUCCCGAAAACCCUGAUGCCCCAUUCUUCUCACGCGAAUUUUCCGGUCGAGAAGUGGUCGAACUUUCAUUCGAAUCUUCAAACCUAACAAUAGGAGGCAUGAAAGCUAUAGACUUCUUUAACGACGGAAGCUUCUACAUCAUCGAUGCACCCGGCCAUGCUGUUGGGCAUAUAAACGCCCUAGCAAGGACCACUACUUCACAAGAUGGUUUAAAUGAUUCAUUCAUCUUCCUUGGGGCAGAUUCAUACCACUUAGGCUCACAACUACGACCAAACUCAUAUACCCCUCUUCCUAGCUCCGUCGAAAUUCCAAGUUUUCUACCCUGUCCCUGUCCUGGUGAGCUUUUCGAACGGAUCCACCCGCUUCCGGUGGGUGGAGAUCCAUCUCUUACCCCGUUUCAUAUAAUUCCUGAAAAAUCGGUUGCGAUAAAUUUCAAAGACGCACGUGAAGUUAUCAGUAGGAUCCAGGUGUUCGAUGCGGAUGAGAGGGUACUUGUUCUGAAUGCUCAUGAAUGGAACUAUUAUGAUGUGCUGGAUGUGUUUCCUGAGAGUGCUAACGAAUGGAAGAGGAAAGGCUGGAAGGAGAAGGCGAGAUGGAGGUUUUUAGGAAGUUUCCAGGGGGCAGUAGAUCUGAUUUUUACCGAUAGGGCGUAG